GCCGACAUGGCCGAGACCGCUCCCGUCGCCGCGCCCGAUGUCGCCGCCGCCGCUCCGGCCCCGGCCAAAGCACCCGCCGCCAAGAAGCCGAAGAAGGCGGCGAGCGGCUCCAAAGCCCGCAAGCCCGCGGGGCCCAGCGUCACCGAGCUCAUCACCAAGGCCGUGUCCGCCUCCAAGGAGCGCAAGGGGCUCUCCCUCGCCGCGCUCAAGAAGGCGCUGGCCGCCGGCGGCUACGAUGUAGAGAAAAGCAAUAGCCGCAUCAAGCUGGGCAUCAAGAGCCUCGUCAGCAAGGGCAUCUUGGUGCAGACCAAGGGCACCGGCGCCUCCGGCUCUUUCCGCCUCAGCAAGAAACCCGGAGAAGUCAAGGAAAAAGUUCCCAAGAAAAAAACUGCUGCAGCUAAGCCCAAGAAGCCGGCGGCUAAGAAGCCGGCCAGUGCCGCUAAGAAGGCCAAGAAGCCGGUGACGGCGAAAAAGAGCCCCAAGAAGGCGAAGAAGCCGGCAGCCGCAGCAGCCAAGAAAACAGCAAAGAGCCCCAAGAAAGCGACAAAGGCUGCCAAGCCCAAAAAAGCCGCGGCAGCAGCAAAGAGCCCGGCUAAGGCGAAGGCGGUGAAGCCCAAAGCAGCCAAGCCCAAGGCGGCCAAGCCGAAAGCAGCCAAGGCCAAGAAAGCAGCUCCCAAGAAAAAAUAAAUUUUGCGGAAGAAACCCUAUCUGCCUUGCAGAUAAAACCCAAAGGCUCUUUUAAGAGCCACCCAAAUUUUCACAAAAAGAGCUAGAAUUCUCUUAA